AGACUGCCCGUGUGGGCCAGCUGCCGCAUGCGAUGCAGCUGCCGCUUCAUCAUCUUGGGGGCGGGCUGGCGGCGGCGGGGUCACCGCGGGGGUCGAGGGCCGGCAGCCCCCGGCCCAGCUGCCUGUGCCCGCAGCGCUCUCGCCGGGCGGGUGGGCGGCGCUCUGCGCUUCCUGGGCCAGCGCGCUCCCGCUCCGCUCGCGCCCGCCUCCCCGCUCGCGGCUCCGCCCUCGGCCCCCAGGUCACUCCUCUCUGCAAGUUUGGGUUCUCGCUCGCCCCGUCUGCCGGGCUCCCCGCGGCCCCUGGCCGUCCCGGAGAGUGUCGGUCCGCCGUCCGCCCCGUCCACAGGUGUGUGCGCGGCUCCGCCUGGGCCGCCUCACCCAGUCCCGUGGCGGGAAGCAGCGGGCACAACCUACUGUGUGCAGAACUGGGGAACUGAAGACUCCCGAGCCAGCAGCUUGACACCAGGUUACCACCGUCCUGCCGUCUGGGAGGUCUACAGGCUACCUGGUGUCCCCACCCUGUUUCAGCUCCAUCUGCAGCCUGGACCACACUGGGGUCCCUGAGGAGAAGGCCUGGCUUCGACUGCUGUCCCUCCUAGACUUGCCCAGGCCUGAGCCCCAGCUCCAGCCUGGGGAGCCAGUCCAUUGGGCUGUAGCAGCAGCUGCUGGGGAAACACCCUGAGCCGUGUAUAAUCAGGCCACGUGAGCACCAGGCUUCCCUCCCAUCCAGUCUCCACAGGAACGGCACUUGGCUCUUCUCUGUGCAGCCUGGGUGGGGUGCCGUGCCUUUUGGCUAGGCGAGGGGUACAGUUUAGGGUAUAUUUAAGUUCAAGCACACUUGGAUGUUGCAUCACAAAAGGUUGGAAGCCCCAAAAGUUGAAGGAUCACAGGCUGUUCCUUCAAAGGAUGUUGUAACCAGAGAUCUUUGGACUCAGAAGUUUCCAUCAGUGGGUGUUGAAGUUGUAGUUUUAGAACUGCAGGUACAGAAGGGGACCUGAGGUUGCCAGCCCACCCCUAUUCCAAUCACAGGACCUUUCACAUUGCACUGCAAGGGUUUUUGUUGCUGUUAAUCUUCACCUAAGGAUAUUUUCCACUGAUUUUUAGAGAGAGUGGAAGGGAGGGGGAGAGGAGAGAAACAUCGAUGUGAGAGAGACACAUAGAUUGGUUGCCUCUCACA